AUGCUUCGGCACCCCUUCGCGAGCGCCCUCAGGGCAGCCUCGUCGUCGAGUCGGAUAAUACAGAAUGGCUCUGUGAGCAUAGUCGCCCAGCAAUUAUGGCACCAGCAGAGGACGUUCACCUCGUCAAACUCCCUCUCCAGCAAAGUCAUCUUCGACAAGACCUCCAGCCCCGAACUCGACGCCGUCCUCACCGAGAUGCUCCACAAAAUCAUCCUCCCCGCGCGCCUCCCCAAGAAGAAGCGCAAGAUCGUCUUCAACGAAAAAUACCGCCAAAAGCUGCAAGUCGACCCCAUCGUCAUCGAGGUCGACGGCUACGAGCACCGCUUCGACACGCUCGACUUCCACAACGGCACGAUCCCCGCCUCCCGCCCCCUCAUGCGCCAAGCUGUCCGUCUCAUGUCCACGCGCGAAGACUGGGCCAACCUCUCACGGAUGCUGGCCGGUUACAGGAACGCCGGACGGCUCAUUCGGACCGACGACGUCAAGGACAUCAUUGCGAAUGCCGGUAAGUCGGGAAACAUCUACGCCAUUCUCGACGCGUUGAGGAACGUCAAGGAGUCGGAUUUGAGGAUCAGGACUCUGCCCCGCGCGGACUUGAUCUUGUACUGGAUCCAGAUGGGAGCCGUCAAGAGCGGGUUCGCCGAGGAGGAGACGACGAAGGCGAAGAAGUGGGCCAUCAUGCUCAGGGAACUCAUGGAGGAUGAGGACCACGUGAAGAACCCCACGUGGCCCGGACGCAUCCCCCUGCACCGUGAGCCCCAGGUCGUCGGCCAGGUCCUCCACAUGGCCGCCGCCCGCGCCGUCUACCACCAGGACUGCAAAGACGAGGACGGCAAGGUCGCCGAGCUCGCCGAGACCCUCGUUCACGUGUGGCCCGCCGAGAGGGGUCUUCGGGAGAUACACCAGUCUAAGCUUAGCCCCGAAACCAAGUACUCCGAGGUUCUUAGGUUCCAGGACGAGGAUGACGGCUACCUUUCCCAGUCUACGACGUGCCGCAUCUCCGUCGGAAGCUUCGUCCUCAACGGCAUCGAGUUGGCGAAGAAGGUGGUCGCGCCGGAGCUCGCGGCUCAGUUGGAGCCCAUUGCGGAGCUGUUGAAGCGCGAUUUGGAUGCUGAUAAGGCGGCGAAUUUGAAGGCGGAGAGGGGUUGGGACGUCUAUGAUAAGCUCAUUGCGAAGAAGGCUUGA